GCUCCGGGAAAAUGGGGGGAAGGGGGGUCGUGCUGGUGGUGGAGGAGGAGGAGGAGGAAGAGGAGGGAGAAAGGAGGAGGAGGAGCCGGAACAGGAAAAGAACGACGGAGUUCGACGAGCGGCCCGCAGAGCCCACCGCACCUCCGGCCCGCGCAGCAUUGCCGGAAUUCCCAUUGCCAAACCUUGGCUGGAUGGAGGAAGAGAAGGCUGUGAGGAAGAGGAGGAUGCCCCAGGACCACCAGGCAGACAAGGAGACCAGGGAGGACAAAUCCCCUCAGCAGAACCUCGUGGAAGAGGCUGUUUUGAGCGGCUCCAUGGCAAAGGAAUUCAACGGAGAGGAAAAGCUGCGGAGAUCCCGCCCGAGGAGGGGCUCCAAACCCAUGCCAGGGUGCUCCGAGGAGGAAGGACCCACCCUGUGCCAGGAAGGCAGCCAGAGAUGUGGCCAGAGCUCUGAGCUGGUGGUGCAUGAACAGCUUCACAAUGGCAAGAAGCGGCACCAGUGCUCGGAAUGUGGAAGGAAUUUUUCAACGAACUCCCGCCUGCUCCGCCACCAGAUGAGCCACACCGGGAAACGACCCUACGAGUGUGGGAAAUGUGGGAAGGCCUUCAGAGACACCUCUGACCUGAUUGUCCACCAGAGAGCCCACACUGGGGAACGGCCCUAUGAGUGUGGGGAGUGUGGGAAGAGCUUCACUGUCAGCUCCCACCUGAUUGUUCAUCAGAGGAUCCACACCGGGGAACAACCCUAUGAGUGUGGGGAGUGUGGGAAGAGGUUCAGCCUGAGCUCCAGCCUGAUCCGCCACCAGAGGAUCCACACUGGUGAACGGCCCUAUAAAUGUGGAGAAUGUGAGAAGGCCUUCAGGAAGAGCUGCCACCUCAAACGCCACCAGAUGAUCCACACUGGGAUACGACCCUAUGUGUGUGGUGAGUGUGGGAAGAGCUUCCGUGACAGCUCUGGCCUGAUCAUGCACCGGACAGUGCACACUGGGGAAUGCCCCUACACGUGCUCAGAAUGUGGGAAGAGCUUCAUCCAGCACUCCAAACUGCUUGUCCACCGGCAGAUGCACAGCGGAGAGAGGCCCUAACAGUGUCCUGAGUGUGGGAAGAGCUUCUCCCAGAGCUGUGCCAUGACCCAAUAGCAAUGGAGGUACCAGGAAGGGAAGCCCUACAAGUGCCCGGCGUGUGGGAAGAGCUUUGUGCGCUGCUCCAACUCCAUCCCCCGUUGGAGGAGCCCAUUGGAUGAUCCCCAGUGAGCCGGGUUGGGCAGAGCCUUGGAGAUCCAUGGUCCUGGUGAUCCAUGUUGGGAAUUGUUGGGGAUUACAUUUGUUUCUUUGUCAGUUAUAGAAUUUUUUUCCCAUAAGUUGCUAGAAGACUAACGACUGUGUGCUUGAUUUAAAGAAAGAAGAGUCCAAAGGAGAUGGCAGCACUGGGCUACACCUUUUGUUCUUGGGUCUCUGAGAGUUUCCCUCAGAGGGGGGAGAUAACUGGAGUUUUGGGGGAGGGAAAGGACAGAGCUGGGGGCAGCUGCUCGCUCUUGCUCUGGGCAUGGGAGAGGAGAGAGGACGGUUGGGCUGGUGCUUGCUGCGGGAAGAGCUUACGGUUGUUAUAAAUGCUAAUCCAAUAUUCCAAUUCAAAAUAUGAUUUGGUUUAUUAAAAAAUCCAAUUACAGAAUUUCGGUAAAAACCCCCAGCAGCGUUAUGUUGAUGUUAUACCUGGGAUUGUCAAAGGGUGAAUGGGGAUGCAGCCUCUAGUGCACUGCAGCCCCCAAAAAAGGACACAAAUUGGCCUCGUUUGGGGCUCAGGUUUUAUACACUUUAUUUUGCCCCCGCAAUAAGAUUUCCCCACAGUC